UUCAGUACGAACGCCUGCUUCGUCGAGUUCGGUUCGGUCUCGGUUGCAAAACGUGCGCGGGAUCAUUCGGUUGAUCGCAGUGUGCAGCGGUUUAGCGAUAGUUGCUCCCCUAGUAGUUGAUCUACGGCAAAGGGGGCCCGGUUCUUAUGUGAAGUUGGAGUGUUUAUAGUGAGUGCAAUAGGCAAACCUGCUAGCUAAACAGUUCAGCCGUGACGACAUUCUCAUUCCGACGGGACGGGUGGUAACCACGACAUGCUAGCUUGGCUUGCUAUGAUCCCUUGAUCCAAUCGGGUCUACAGUGCAUGUUUAUUGGCAAUAGACGAAAGCAGUGAACGACGACAUCGAUAAACAAAGUGAUCUGGGCGAGUUACUCUGCACCUCUGAAGUGAAAUUUGGUAAAAGAGACAAGCCCUCGAACAAAAGAGUGUGUUGUCGUCCGGCAGCAAGACGACGGAUAUCAACGCGGUGUGCUCAAAGCGUAAGAGCAAAAGUUAAUGUUUAAGUAUGGAGUGAGAGAGGCGAAGCAAGAAAAAAAAACAAGUGAAAACGUUGAUCUUUUCAAGUAGUGCCAAGUCCAAAACUAGCGAGAAGAGUUGGGGAUACCAGAAGGAAAGACGUGUUUUUUUUUUUGGUCGAUGGAGAAUAUCGAAGAAGGCCUGGUGUCAAGACAAGAAAAUGAAGAUGAAGACGAAGGUUACUUGGACCGGCUAGCGUAGCGUGUGUGAUCCGGCAGUCCGGACCUAUGAUGAUGAUAUGGUUGUCGUAGUCAUCGGUGGGGAAGAGAAGAAAAGUUUUUUGGUAGCGAAAACGGUUGUCGUCAAUCGGGUGGAGGUCACGGUGUUCCUGUGAAUCGUUUCUGCAGCUGAAUUGUUUUAAUUUGGAAAAUGUUUUCGGUGCAAACUGGUACCCCCGCUUCAUCAUCUCCGAAUCUCGUCCAGCCAGCGCCCAGCUUGGGCAAUUUACUAAACGGAGCAAAUUAAGACAGCAGGCGUUGCGUCCAGCAUGUCGAUGAGUUUGCGGUCGUGUUGGACGGAGGCGAACUUGGGUUGCUUGGAUCAUCAUGGGAACAGACUACCCACAGAAGAAAUCCGCUCCCAAAAUGGUGUGAAGUUCUAGAAAAGCGAAAAAUACAAACCACCCAUCACAGGAGGACAGUUCUUGGGGGGUGUCGGUAAGGCGAAUCGAAGUAUAACAGAUAAUAGUGGCCGGUGGAACGCGAAAGGUGAACCUGAAGAAUCACGAGUCUGGAACGAAGAGAACGGCGAAAACCGGAGGAAGCCCCCCAGAAGGAAGUGAAGAAGAGUGAGUGUGCGGGGUAGUGCGGGGGAGGACACGGUUCAAGAAUCUUUAAUAGAUUGGAGCAGCAGCAGUCAGGGGGAAGCAAAAAGCAGGAAGAGGCCGAUUCAUGCUACAAAUUUCCUCUCUCCAUCGUCAUCAUCACCGUCGUGGUUGUUGUUCAGAAUCAUCGAAGUAGCCGUUGCCUGAUUACCGCCGACGAGUUUGUGUUCUCUCAGAGGAGCAGCGAAGAGAGAGAGAGAGAGAGGGGAGGAAGUACUUAAAUUGCCUUCUCGCUCGUAAUCCAUCAUCCAGUGCCUGUGUGCCAGGUUGAACCCGAUUUCCACCUCGGACUGGUCGCACCUACCCGGACCGGCCUGCUAUGGCCGAUUACUGUAAUCUACGCAAAGGAGCCAGUGGCAACACCGCCGCCAGCAUGGGAACCUUCCGGACGGGGCAGCCUACUUCGUUGGGUUACCACCACAACACGUUGACCCGGACGACCAAGAUCGGCAUUUCGGCACUGGGAGCUGCUGGGGCCGGAGGUGGUAGUGGGAGUAUUGGUGGCCUAACGAUGGCCGAGGUCAAGGAACGGAUGGCCACGAUCGACGGGUCCGGUCAGCAGCGAGUGCGGAUGGUGCGGUUGACUCGGCCGCAAGGUUAUUCACAUGGGCACUUCAAUGGGGGUGGAAAUUUUGGGUUUUCGAUUCGCGGUGGACUAGAGUACGGGACGGGGUUUUUCGUGUCGGAUGUGCAGAAGGACAGCGAGGCCGAUCGGCAGGGAUUGCGGGUGGGCGAUCAGAUAAUUCGAGUCAACGGUUACCAGGUGGACGAUGCCGUGCACCGCGAGCUGGCACAUUUUGUGUCCUGCCAGGAAAGGCUGGUACUGAAAGUGCGCAGCGUUGGAAUACUGCCGGUCAAAGAACGAUCAGCGGACCCUUUGACGUGGCACGUGGUUUCAAUUAGUACCGGCUCCGGUCCCCCGUCGCACAAUGGCCACCCGGCCAACGGCAGUACCAAAAAGCACCACCAGCACCGGAGCGAGCUGGAACGGACCAGCUGCAGCAGCAGCAACUCCAGCACCGGCAGUUCCGGAACCUUAGAGGAAAUCCCCGGUGGGCGGGAUAUUAAGGUGGUGCUUUCGGUGGCGCCCCGGACUAAGUUGGGAUGCGGGAUUUGCAAGGGCCCAGAUUGGAAACCGGGGAUCUUCGUGCAGUUCACGAAGGAGGGAGGCGUGGCGCGGGAGUCCGGAUUGAGACCGGGCGAUCAGAUCAUGUCCUGUAAUGGGCGGGAAUUUGCCGACAUAACGUUCGCCGAGGCGGUUAGCAUUAUGAAGGCUUCGCAGGUGUUGGAGUUGGUGGUGCGACCUGGGGCAGGAAUCGAUAUGUUCCCCGGGGAGUCCAGUGGGUACAAUAGCAGUGCAAGCAGCGUCAAUGGGGACCAAAGUCCAUGUUGGGGCGAUUCGACGGCAAAGAGGUUGAGUAUCGUGCGUGAAGAGUCGAUUUCCAAAGAUCGACAGAGGAAUGGACAACGGGCGGAGAAAGUACAGGGACCAAAGAUGGCGGGAGGUCACCGCCGAAACAAUACGACGAUUAUUGAGUUUUCCGAAAAUGGGACCGUCGUUAAUAGUACACUGAUUUCGCAAGAUGGGGCAGGGGGAAAGAAGGAGAUGGAAACCAAGGAGGGCAGCAAGAAGUUGGCCGACAUAUGCUUCGUUUCGAAGCAAAGCGAAACCAAAACGGUCAUUGUUGAAGUGCACCGGAGCGCGUCAACGAAUUCGAUAGCCACGGGCUCUCCGACUUCGUCCAGCGGAGUAAGCACUGUCUCUUCAGGGUCAACUUCGCACAUUCCUCCGCCGCCGCCACUCUUCGCGGACAAAAUUCCACCACCCCCUCCGCCAAGCAGUGGCCUCAGCAGUGGCUAUUCGACCACCAACAGCGCCAAAUCUGGCCUGGGAGGACAGCACCAACAGCGCAGUCCUUCAUCUGUGAGCUUGGCCGAUUCCAGUGCCAGCAGUGGCAUCGAUUGUGGAUCAUCUAACAAUGGCGGAAUUGGCGGAUUGGGUAGUGCAAUUUCCGAGGAACUGAAGCGAAGAGCGCAGAAGAAGGGCUCGCUGCUGUCGACGGCUCAGGAACCGGCCGCAGCGCUCACCGAGCUGGAAAAUAGGCUGAAAGAGAAGCGAUUUAGGCCACCGGUGAACUCGGGGAGCGACGCGGCACGACACACCGCCCUGAUGGACGAGUUCCGGGCGGUGCACAAGCGCAUGUUCAAGAACGGGUUCGACCAUGCGGAGCUGAAGAAAGCACCAUCCAAAGACAAGUUACCGAUCGAAGUCCGCCCACCGGGAACGGCCAACGCCUCAACGAGCAACGGAACUUCCCCACCCUCCGGAAAAGGAACCAUGGGCCGAGUGGCAGCAUCCGAACUGGCCAAGGCCAACGGCGACAUAGCCGAGCUGGAAUCGAUCGAAUCCUUCCAACUGACAAGCCCAACACCCACCUUGGUCCGGCCCCCAUCGUACUACUUCUGCCCCCAGAAUACCGGUCCACCGACGAUGAAGAAGUCCCAGAAACCGAUCGCUGUUACCAUUAGCGAGUACAUUGGCGUCGGAACGGCCGAACCACCGAAGAAACCGUCCAUCGGCCUUGGAAACCUGAAGUACGAGCUGGAGAAGACCCUGUCGUUGUCCAACCUCCGGCAACGGAGCGAAUCCCGGGAAGAUCUGGUCGAGCGGAUCCAGAUUGGGUGCGGACAGCAGCAGGAUCAGGGCGCCAAAUUGAGCAGGAGCUCGUCGGCAGUGACAACGGUUUCCAAUGGCAAUCGCAUCACGAUUGCCAUCUCCAAUGGCGCCGAGAAGAAGUAGGCGUUGAGUUUGAGUGUUUCGUGUUGAAUAUUCGUUUUUUUGCAUGUGUAUGUGUUGAAUCAAGGGAAGUAUCUCCGUAUUUUCCGAUUAGUUUUUAGUUUUGUAAGGCUAAGGAUUGAAUUACCCGAUUUGAUGAUGCUGAGAUUAUUGGAAAGAUCAAGCUUGUCAGAUAACUACCUAGUUCUAAGGACCAUAUUUUGUCGUACAGUGUAUAGAUAGACGUAUAGAUUGGUUAAGAUUAUACAUUUGCGGUAACCGUACUUUAAGAAUACAAAGUAAAUCGCACGUUUUGUGUAAUCUACAUGUGGAAAAUAUGCUCAAAACCAUGAUUUAUAUGUAAAAGAUGUCUGUAUUUAUACUUGUUUAUAUUCAAACCAA